UUUAGCAGCUCCCGUCAACGUUGAGUUGACAAGCAGCCGCCGGCAAGGAUCAGUGUUGGUUGCUUUCGUCAGGCAUUUUUUGUUGUUGUUCCUUUGCAGUUAAAACAACCAAAAGAAGAAGAAGAAGAAUUACAAGCCAUGGCUCCUACAAUAUAUGAGAGUUCAACAAGAAAAGGUAGUGGCCCUAGCAGACAUUCCCUAGAGGCUGAGCUCAGGGAGCUGUUAGGCAAGAGGAUCAUGAUACUAGAUGGAGGGAUGGGCACCAUGAUCCAGGAGAGGCGAUUGGAGGAGGAGCACUUCAGGGGGGAGGAGUUUAAAGACCACACCCACAGCCUGAAGGGCAACAACGACCUGCUGAGCAUCACACAGAGUGAUGUCAUCUACAAUAUACACAAGGAAUACCUGCUGGCCGGGGCAGACAUCAUUGAGACCAACACUUUCAGUAGCACCUGUAUCGCCCAAGCCGACUACGGACUGGAACAUUUGGCUUAUCGUAUGAACAAGGUAUCAGCGGAGGGUUGUUUUGACUCUCUGAUGUUUUCCCAGGCUUAUCGUAUGAACAAGGUAUCAGCGGAGGGUUGUUUUGACUCACUGAUGUUUUCCCAAGCUUGUCGUAUGAACAAGGCUUAUCGUAUGAACAAGGCGUCAGCGGAAAUAGCCAGGAAAGCAGCAGAUGACAUCACCAACCAGACAGGUUGUAAGCGAUACGUGGCAGGCGCCAUGGGCCCCACCAAUAAAACCCUGUCUGUGUCUCCCUCCGUGGAAAGACCAGACUUCAGGAACGUCACCUUUGAUGAGCUGGCUGAGGCCUACACUGAGCAGGUUCGGGGUCUGUUGGAUGGAGGAGCAGAUAUUAUCAUGGUCGAGACCAUCUUUGACACGGCCAACGCCAAGGCAGCACUGUUUGCUAUCGACAAACUGUUUGAAGAGAGCUACGAACCAAGACCUAUAUUUAUAUCAGGCACCAUCGUGGACAGGAGUGGUCGUACUCUCUCAGGACAGACAGGAGAGGCCUUCGUCAUCAGUGUGUCCCAUGCCAAACCCCUCUGUAUUGGGCUUAACUGUGCCUUAGGAGCCACUGAGAUGAGGCCUUUUAUUCAAGCUAUUGGGAAAUGCACCACCGCUCACGUCUUAUGCUACCCCAAUGCAGGUCUCCCCAAUACGUUCGGUGGAUACGAUGAGACCCCAGAGUUGACAGCUUCACAUUUAAAGGACUUUGCUACAGAUGGUCUGGUGAAUCUGGUUGGUGGAUGCUGUGGAACGACUCCUGCACACAUCAGAGCCAUUGCUGAGAAAGUGAAGCACUGCCAGCCCAGAGUGCCCCCUACUGACGUCUUUCAGGACUACAUGCUACUCGCAGGUCUGGAGCCGUUCAGGAUCGGUCCGUACACUAAUUUCGUUAACAUCGGCGAACGUUGCAACGUGGCUGGAUCGAGGAAGUUUGCCAAGCUGAUCAUGUCGGGAAACUAUGAGGAGGCGUUGAGCAUAGCCAAGACCCAGGUGGAGAUGGGAGCCCAGGUGUUGGACAUCAACAUGGAUGAGGGGAUGCUGGAGGGUCCUGCCGCCAUGGCCCGGUUCUGCUGUCUCAUAGCCUCCGAGCCUGACAUCGCCAGGGUACCUCUGUGUAUAGACUCGUCGAACUUCGAGGUGAUCAAGGCGGGACUGAAGUGUUGUCAGGGGAAGUGUAUCGUGAACAGCAUCAGUCUGAAGGAAGGAGAAGAGGAGUUUCUCCAGAGAGCUACGACUGUCAGACGCUACGGGGCUGCCGUGGUUGUUAUGGCCUUCGACGAGGAGGGUCAGGCUACGGAGACAGAGCGCAAGGUCGAAAUCUGUAGCAGAGCCUAUCGCCUCCUGGUAACUCAAGUGGGCUUUGACCCCAACGACAUCAUCUUUGACCCCAACAUCCUGACCAUCGGCACGGGCAUGGAGGAACACAGCGAGUACGCCAUCAAUUUCAUCAGAGCCACAAGGCUCAUCAAGGAGUUGUUGCCUGGGGCCAGGAUCAGUGGAGGCCUGUCCAACCUGUCCUUCUCCUUCAGAGGCAUGGAGGUUAUCAGAGAGGCCAUGCAUGGAGCCUUCCUCUACCACGCCAUCAAGGAUGGCAUGGACAUGGGCAUAGUGAACGCUGGCAGCCUGCCUGUCUAUGAUGAUAUUGACAAGGAGCUCCUGCUCAUGUGUGAGAACCUCAUCUGGAACAAAGACCCAGAGGCCACAGAGAAGCUACUGCUGUACGCACAGAGCUGUGCCAAAGGAGGGAAGAAGGUGGUCCAGACGGACGAGUGGCGAGAGGGAACUGUGGAGGAGAGGCUGGAGUAUGGGCUCAUCAAGGGUAUAGAUAAGUAUGUGGUAGAGGACACAGAGGAGGCGAGGUCCCAGGCUGAAUUCUAUCCGAGGCCCCUACACGUCAUCGAGGGGCCCCUGAUGAACGGCAUGAAGGUGGUGGGAGACCUGUUUGGAGCUGGGAAGAUGUUCCUACCUCAGGUGAUAAAGUCAGCACGUGUGAUGAAGAAGGCUGUGGCCCACCUGAUCCCCUACAUGGAGAAGGAGAGGGAGGCCAUGCUACUGGCAUCAGGAUCAGUAGAGGAGAUUGACCCCUACCAGGGCACCAUAGUGUUGGCCACAGUGAAGGGAGACGUCCACGACAUCGGGAAGAACAUUGUAGGAGUGGUGCUGGGCUGCAACAACUUCAGAGUGAUUGAUCUGGGGGUCAUGAUUCCGUGCGACAGGAUACUGAGGGAAGCCAUCGACUGCAAAGCAGACAUCAUCGGUCUGUCUGGCCUCAUCACGCCCUCGCUGGAUGAGAUGAUCUACGUUGCCAAAGAGAUGGAGCGGCUUGGGAUGAAGACCCCACUCCUGAUCGGAGGGGCCACCACCUCCAAGACCCACACGGCAGUGAAGAUCGCUCCCCGUUACAGCUGUCCUGUGGUGCAUGUUCUGGAUGCCUCCAGGAGUGUGGUGGUGUGUUCUCAGCUGCUAGAUGAGAACGUGAAGGAGGAGUUCUUUGAGGAGACGACAGAGGAGUACGAAGACAUCAGACAGGACCACUACGACUCUCUAAAGGAGAGGCGCUUCCUGUCUCUAGCCCAGGCCAGGGAGAAAGGACUCCAUGUGGACUGGCUUUCUCAGACCAAACCAGUGUGUCCUCAGUUCCUGGGUACCCGUGUGUUUGAGGGGUAUGAUCUGCGGAGGCUGGUGGACUAUAUCGACUGGAAGCCUUUCUUCGACGUGUGGCAGCUUAGAGGGAAGUACCCUAACAGAGGGUACCCCAAGAUCUUCAAGGACAAAACCGUGGGUGAGGAGGCUCGGAGGGUGUUUGACGACGCUCAGCGACUCCUCAACAGACUGAUAGAUAAUAAAGGUCUCUGGGGGCGUGGCCUGGUGGGCUUCUGGCCCGCUCAGAGUGUAGGAGACGACAUCCAGGUGUACGAGCAUGACGUCACACCUCGCUCCGCCACGCCCCUCGCCACCUUCUACGGACUACGCCAACAGGCAGAGAAGGACAGUGCCAGCUCAGACCCCUACUACUGCCUGUCUGACUUCGUGGCCCCGAGGGCCAGCGGUGUGUCUGACUACAUGGGGAUGUUUGCUGUAGCUGUGUUUGGAGCGGAGGAGCUGAGCAAACAGUUUGAGACCCAGGGAGACGACUACAACAGUAUCAUGGUUAAGGCUUUGGCUGACCGUCUGGCCGAGGCGUUUGCUGAGGAGCUCCACGCCAGGGUGCGUAGGGAACUGUGGGGCUAUAGCGUGGAGGAGAACCUCCUGACUGAGGACAUGCACAGGAUACGUUACGAGGGCAUCAGGCCAGCAGCAGGAUACCCCUCCCAGCCUGACCACACUGAGAAGACCGCCAUGUGGACGCUGGGCGAGGUGGAGGAGAAAACGGGUAUCAAGUUGACGGAGUCUCUGGCCAUGAUCCCAGCAGCUGCCGUCUCUGGGCUGUACUUCUCUAACCCUAAAGCUACCUACUUCGCAGUGGGAAAGAUCACCAGAGAACAGGUGGAGGACUAUGCUGGGAGGAAAGAGAUGCCAGUGUCAGAGGUGGAACGCUGGCUGGGGCCAAUCCUGGGCUACGACACCGACUGACAGUGAUACUUCAACCAAUCCUGGGCUACGACACUUCUGCAUCCACAACCACUACCUAGAAAACAGAGGCGCUGCUCAAUGGUCAUGUCUAGAUGGGAUACAGCUUUUGUCAAAUUGAUGUCAAAAGUUGACAUUCAAACCCUUUUCCCAACCAUAAUCCAAUUCUCCUAACCUGCUGCGUUAAUUCUCCAAACCUGCUACGUUAAUUCUCCAAACCUGCUGCGUUAAUUCUCCCUAACCUGCUACGUUAAUUCUCCCUAACCUGCUGCGUUAAUUCUCCCUAACCUGCUGCGUUAAUUCUCCCUAACCUGCUGCGUUAAUUCUCCCUAACCUGCUGCGUUAAUUCUCCCUAACCUGCUGCGUUAAUUCUCCCUAACCUGCUGCGUUAAUUCUCCCUAACCUGCUACGUUAAUUCUCCCAACCUUAACCUAAUACUCCUAACCUGCUACGUUAAAUCUUCCUAACCUGCUGCGUUACUUCUCCUAACCUUAACCUAAUUCUCCUAACUUGCUACGAAAAGUAAAUUCUGAAAAAAGCUGCAUCCCUUCUAGACCCUACUUAAAGGGCCAGAUUUUUUUUUAAAGCGUACACUUCACGUGAACUAAGGCUCAACUUAGAAAAUAAACUUUUUUUUUUUUUUCAUUUUUUUAUAGCUAUUUUCAAAAUGGCCACCUGUCAGUAAAGAAAUGGAGCUGUUUGUAUGGUCUAACAUUUUACAGUUUUAAUAUAACAGCUGUUGCCAAAGUCAUUUAUACUUUUUAAUGGAAAUCACAAUCUUAGAUUUAAAAUCAUUAACAGAUUCAUAUGGUUAAUGUCAGAAUGUGAUUUUAUCAUUAGGGACAUAUUAAGUUCUAGAAGACUUACAUUUCCUCAGCAGGUUUUUUUAUUUGAGAUUGUAUUUAUGCUAAUUAGAUACAACUUGUUUACAAAAUUAUAAUUAGUAAACAUGGUCUUCAUCACAAUGUACACUUACUUACUUGACAUGCUGUAUUAAUGUCUAAACCUCAAAAAAAAAAAAAAAAGGUACAUGUUUUUAUGAAUGGUUAUUGUAAAUUACAGAUUUGAAUGAUUUUUGAUUUGUUUCACAAUUUGUCUUAAAGAAAAUGUGCCAAAAACUAUGACUGACCAGCUAUCAUUGUCAUCGAUUUACCCUUGAGGUGUCCACUAUUUCUGAAAAGAAGUAGUGAUUUUUAUGUUAUGAAUGUUCUGAGAUUACAAUGUUUUAUCUGGAAACCAUAUUCAUUUAGUAUAAAAGAAUUUGCUCAGUA